AACCACAAACUCACCCCCGGACCUCUUCCUUCGCCACUGAAUGCUCUGUCAUCUUCAUCCACACACCGGCCCUCCAAAUUCUGAGAGAUUUAACUCUAAAGCCUCGCCCCUGGCUCUGAACUCUUCACGUUCACUGGAUCUUGUCAGUCUAUAGUUGUCUGACCGAACGAUUCAGAGACCCGGGUCCAGGACAGCUCUCUUCAGAACCUGUAUCCACGCAGAGCCCGAUGCCCUCUGGGAAAUGUAGUUCUCAGUCGCAGCCGCAGUGAACAAGAUGGCGUCUAGCUUGAGCCGCUCAGAGGGAUUGCCCCGCCCCUUCGGCCCCGCCUCCCGUAACCAAACCUCUCCGGGAAGUCACCUGGGGAUCUUGGCCUAGCAUCCAUCUCCACCGUGGCUCCUAUAUAAAGACACUUCAGUGAGCUGAGCUUAGCACACCCAAGCCCCGAUCCUGAGGUAAACACAGAGAGUUAACAUAGUUCGGAGACUCGGCCUACGUGCACUCCAGUGCUCACCAGAGAAACAUUCCCACAAGCUCUAGCAGAGGAGGAAGAAAAAAAAAAAAGCGCGAAAGCCUGACUGGAACCACUGAGCCUUCUGGGAAAUGUAGUCCACCAUAAAAAAAGUGGAGGACUGGCCAAGAUCGGCUGAAUUCGGUCCCAGCCCAAGCCUGGCGGCGCCCCGGAGACCUCUGGGAAUGAUCGCCUCCAGCGGAGUGCGCAGGCGCGGAUUCUCCGGCUCGCCAUGGUCGUCUUUGUCUGCUGGCCAGCUUCCUUGUACAGCCCCAGGAGCUGCACUGCCCUGACCCUUUAAAGCCUCUGAGGAUUCCGAGGACUCGGCUUGAAUUCUGAGAUGCUGUUUUGACCCCGAACUGCAAGAUCUAAGUCCUGUGUCACUUGUUUAUUUACAAGUCUAAAGUCACCAAUUCAAACGAGAUAAGUAGAGAUUGAGGAAGAGAUGUAAAGAAGGUUCUCUCCAGGUGAGUGAGAGAACCUGGCAGAAGAAGCCUGGGAAGUUUGUAAACAGAUAAAGAUGCAACAUAAAAAACUUGUGAAUUAAGUCCGAUCUUUCUCAGUGAAAUAUAGACUGAGGAAAACUGUAAAAACAGGAAACAGCAAUGCAUUUCCUCCGAUUACAGAUAUUGAUUCUUCAAGACUUCUGCAUAUAGGACUCAGUUCAAGAGAGUUGGGAACAUCAUUUAUACAUAAUUUAUACUCAAAUCUAAGAGAAGCUUUGAGAAAGCCACUAAGAAUAUAAAGAGAAUGUGAUAUUUCAUCCAUUUUCACAAUGAUCUCAUCUCUGGGAUAUCAGUCUGAAAAAUGUCUUACAUUAUAACUUCACGAUUAUUGGAUACCUGAGAGUUAAUAUUAGAAACUUUAAGUGAAUGUGGAAAAACUAGCAUCCUUGUCACGUCUCAAUAUUAUAGUAGGGAAUUCUCCUAGGAGAAGAUCCCUACACGUGAUCGGAAUGUUGGAAAACCUUCAGCCUGAAUCAGAUCUGCUUCAGCAUGAUCAGAUUCAUACUGGAGAAAAACCUUAUGAAUGUGAUGAAUGCAGAAAAACCUUUAGCCUGAAGCAGAACUUCACAGAGCAUAUGAAGAUGCAUACUGGAGAGAAAGCGCAUGAAUGUACGGAAUGUGGUAAAGUGUUCUCUCGGGUUUCAUCUCUUACUGUGCAUUUGAAAAGCCAUACAGGGAAGAAAUCCUAUACAUGUAAUAAAUGUGGAAAAGCCUUCAGCCAGAAGGGAAACUUACUUUCUCAUCAGAAACAUCAUACCGGAGAGAAACCUUGUGAAUAUGGGAAGGCUUCUAGUCAGGUGCCAAACCUCGUUAGGCAUCAGAGAAAUUAUGCAGGGAACAAACCUCAUGCAUGUAAGGAAUGUGGGAAAACCUUUAAUGGCAAAUCAUAUCUCGCUGAGCAUGAGAAAAUUCAUACUGGAGAGAAACCAUUUGAAUGUAAUCAAUGUGGAAGAGCCUUCAGCCAGAAGCAAUACCUCAUUAAACAUCAGAACAUUCAUAGUGGAAAGAAACCCUUCAAAUGUAAUGAGUGUGGAAAAGCCUUUAGCCAGAAGGAAAACCUCAUUAUCCACCAGAGAAUCCAUACUGGAGAGAAACCUUAUGAAUGUAAAGGGUGUGGGAAAGCUUUCAUUCAGAAAUCAAGCCUCAUUAGACACCAGAGAAGUCACACUGGAGAGAAACCCUAUACAUGUAAAGAAUGUGGGAAAGCCUUCAGUGGCAAAUCCAAUCUCACUGAGCAUGAAAAAAUUCAUAUUGGAGAAAAACCCUAUAAGUGUAAUGAAUGUGGAACAAUCUUUAGGCAGAAGCAGUAUCUCAUUAAACAUCACAAUAUUCAUACAGGAGAGAAACCCUAUGAAUGCAAUAAAUGUGGAAAAGCCUUCUCUCGAAUCACAUCACUUAUUGUACAUGUGAGAAUUCACACAGGGGAUAAACCUUAUGAAUGUAAAAUCUGUGGGAAAGCCUUCUGUCAAAGCUCCUCUCUUACUGUACAUAUGAGAAGCCAUACGGGAGAGAAACCCUAUGGUUGUAAUGAAUGUGGGAAAGCCUUUUCUCAGUUCUCAACUCUUGCUCUACAUAUGAGAAUCCACACUGGUGAAAAGCCUUAUCAAUGUAGUGAAUGUGGGAAAGCUUUCAGCCAGAAGUCACACCACAUUCGACACCAGAGAAUUCAUAAGGAUCUAUGAGUGCCAUGGAUUUAGGAAGAAUGACUAUAGGAAAUUGCUCAGCAGCAACUCAGAACCUUAAAAACAGCACGUUUAAUAAGUAUCACCGUAUAAUGAAGAUCUGUGUACUCAGAACUCCCACAACAAACAUUAUGAAUGCUAUACUUGGAGGAGCAUUCUCAGUGAAGUUAGUUUCCAGUCAUGGCUGGAAGGCCACCAAUGCAUUAAGACAAAGGAGAAAUAUAAGAAUUUGAAAUUAAGAAAUGAAAUUAUCAUUUUUGUUACAUGCUUUGCUACAUGUAUAACUUGUAGAAAUAUCAAAAUUAUGUUGUUGAGGUAUUCAUGGAAAAUUGAGAUUGAGACAGAAUGUUGAAUCCAGAAA